AGAGCUGUGGGUUUGGGUGCUGGGGAUUCCUGGGUCAUUGCAAUGAGGCUGGGGCUGGGGUGGUGGUGUCUAUGUCCCAGCUGAGCACACGUGUAUCACUGUGUAUUCUAGUUCACGUCCAUGUGUGUGCUUACCUCCACAUCCUGUGUCACGGCUUCUGCACUGGCAUCUUGUACUAGUUUGUCCCUACAUGGCUCUGUAUCCUUGUGUUUGUAUAUCUCUGUGUUCUGCGUCAAUGCAUGCCCAUGUGUCCCCAUAUGUGUGCCAUUCCUGUGCCCAUACACCACAUCUCGGUGCCCACCUCCCUGCUCUUGCAUGGCAUCAACACGCUGUGCACCCACACCCUCUGUCUGCCUCUGUCCACCCCCUCUGCCUGACCUUGAGCCCUCCAGGUGGGCUCUGCAUUAACCAGGAAGAGCGGCUCAUUCAUCACCUCUUUGAGGAGAGAGGCUACAACAAGGAGGUGCGCCCCGUUGCCUCUGCUGAUGAGGUUGUGGAUAUCUACCUGGCCCUCACCCUCUCCAACCUCAUCUCACUGAAAGAGGUGGACGAGACACUCACCACCAACGUAUGGGUCGAACAAAGCUGGACUGAUUACCGCCUGCAGUGGAACACAUCUGAGUUUGGGGGCGUCAGCGUGCUCCGCCUGCUGCCAGAGAUGCUGUGGCUACCUGAGAUAGUCCUGGAGAACAACAAUGACGGGCUCUUUGAAGUCGCCUACUACUGCAACGUGCUGGUCUACAACACCGGCUAUGUCUACUGGCUGCCCCCUGCCAUCUUCCGUAGCGCCUGCCCCAUCAACGUCAACUUCUUCCCCUUUGACUGGCAGAACUGCACCCUCAGAUUCAGCUCACUGGCAUACAAUGCACAGGAGAUCAGCAUGCACCUGAAGGAGGAGAGUGACCCAGAGACUGAAAAGUAUUACCGAGUGGAGUGGAUCGUCAUUGACCCUGAAGGCUUCACGGAAAAUGGCGAAUGGGAAAUCAUCCACCGCCCAGCCCGCAAGAACAUCCACCCCAGCUACCCCACUGAUAGCAGCGAGCACCAGGACAUCACCUUCUACCUCAUCAUCAAGCGCAAGCCACUCUUCUAUGUCAUCAACAUCGUCAUACCCUGCGUCCUCAUUGCCUUUAUGGCCAUCCUUGUCUUCUACCUGCCUGCUGACAGUGGUGAGAAGAUGACUCUGGUGAUCUCAGUGCUCCUGGCCCAAUCUGUCUUCCUCCUGCUGGUCUCCCAGCGCCUACCUGCCACCUCCCUCGCCAUCCCCCUCAUUGGCAAGUACCUCCUGUUCAUCAUGCUGCUGGUGACGGCUGUGGUGGUGAUCUGCGUCGUGGUCCUCAACUUCCAUUUCCGCACCCCCAGCACUCACAUCAUGUCUGAUUGGGUCAAAGAGGUGUUCCUGGAGUUCCUGCCCCCCUUGCUGCGUAUGUCACACCCAGCUGAGAGCCCAGCAGGUGCCCCAUGCAUCCGGCGCUGCAGCUCAGCCGGGUACAUCGCCAAGGCAGAGGAGUACUACAGUGUCAAGUCCCGCAGCGAGCUCAUGUUUGAGAAGCAGUCAGAGAGGCACGGGCUGGCCAGCCGUGUCACCCCUGCUCGCUUUGCACCAGCAGCCACGAGCGAGGAGCAGCUCUACGAUCACCUGAAACCUACCUUGGAUGAGGCCAACUUCAUUGUCAAGCAUAUGAAGGAGAAAAACAGCUACAAUGAGGAGAAGGACAACUGGAACCGCGUGGCGCGCACCCUGGACCGCCUCUGCCUGUUCCUCGUCACCCCCAUGCUGGUGGUGGGCACGCUCUGGAUCUUCCUCAUGGGCAUCUACAAUCACCCACCACCACUGCCCUUCUCUGGAGACCCCUUUGACUACCGGGAGGAGAACAAGCGCUACAUAUAGGGCAGCUUUGAGGGUGAUGGGGGUCCUAUGUGGCAGCCCCUCCAUUCCUUCCUGCCUAUCUGCUGUGGCUAGGAGAAAUAAAGUUGGGUGCUUCACAAUAUGGG